AUGUACCUACGUUUACCAUUAAUAUCGAAAAAUUACAUAUUGAACAAAGUAGUUAAGGAACCUCUUUAUAAUAAUUGUCUUAAAUGUAAAUAUUACGUAAUUGAGGCAUUACAGUUUAAUUUAAUUAAGUCAGAUGGAUCAUUGUCAUACAUAACAGCCGGACUAAACCUAGGCUUAAAGAUAAAGUUAUUUUUGUGGUUUGUGGAUCAAUUGCAAGGAAUAGUACGGAAUGGUACGACCCAAAAGUCAACCAAUGGUUAUUUGGACCUGACAUGA